AUGGAACCAGAGCCGUCCACUUCCGCUCUCCUUGAGGCUAUCACAGCCCUCACCGCCACAGUUGGGUCCUUGCAGGCCCAAAUCACUUCUCAAGGCCAACAGCUCAUCGAGCUCAAAGCCAUAUGCAAGGAAACCGCGGACCUCCUCGGGGACAAAGAUCAGGGAGCCCCCCAAGCCCAGCCUGGCCCAUCGACUGGGCCUGUCACUCCUCCCACCCACUUGGGAGGAGAAGCCCACACUCCAGGCACGGUUAGGCCUGGACUCAAGGCCCCUUUCCGGCCUUCAAGGGGAACAGGUUUCGAUUCGGAAGACGAGGAAGAACCAAGGCGACCUAAAAAGGAGCCUCAAGGAACGCCUGCAAGGCAUUUAGGGUCCCUCACCCCCUUUGAUGCGGGGUCUAGGGACAAAAGGCCACCCAAUGGCUUGACAGACAGAAUGAUGCUCUGGGUUGCCCUCCACCGCGACCAAUUCGACGAAGAAGAACAGAUGGUCGUCUGGAUCCUCUACCACAUGGAGGACAAAGCAGCAGACUGGGCGCUCCCCAUCAUUGGAGCUAUCAUUAAGGGUGAGGGGAAUCCCCCCACCACCAUCCAGGCCUUGACAGGCAAAUUCAAGGAGGCCUUUGCCGACCCCAACGCCAAGCGGGCUGCCGCCAGGAAGAUUGCGGCGCUCUCCCAAACUACCACCACCUCCAAAUACGUCACGGAGUUCCGUAAUCUUAUGGCGGAACUCGACUGGAACAAGGAGGCCUACAUCGCGCAAUUCACGCGGGGCCUCCACUGGAAGGUUAAGGAAUUGCUGUCAACCAAGGACAGCGUCCCUGACGAACUCGAGGCAAUUUUCGCGGCCUCAAUAAAGAUUGACAACAUCCGCUGCGAAAAUGAGGAGAAUCGGCCAAAGAAGGCUCCCGCCAAGUCCCCGGCCACUGCGGCUACUACUUCCACUACAACCACUCAACGGGUCCGCCUCUCAGAGGACCCUAAUUACGUCACACCGGAAGAAAGGGACCGUCGCCGCGCAUCUGGCCUCUGUGUCAAGUGCGGCCAAAAGGGGCAUGGUAUCAAACAGUGUCCCAACGGCUGGAAGGCUACCGUCAAGGAAGUAGCUAAGCCCCUGGCCUCGAAAUUAGAUGUACAUGUAUCAGAUUUGGAUUUUGAAUUUGUUUCUCUAGCUCUGGACUCAAAUAAAAAACCUUUAUUAUAUCUUGAUCUGGUCUUGCAUAACCACCCGACGGAACCUCUCAAAACCCUGAUAGACUCUGGCGCAACAUCCAACUUCAUAUCACCCGCCAUAGUUGAAAAAUACAAAAUCCCAAAAACCCAACUCGAAAAUCCACGAGUUGUGAGAAUGUUAGAUGGUACCAUUUCCCAGACUGGUCGCAUAUGGCACCAGGUUCAACUCGCGGUCUCGGCCAAUGGCCAUUUCCACCACAUUCCUUUUCUUGUUUGCCCAAUAGGCAACACACCGGCAAUACUUGGCAUGACAUGGUUAACGGCAGAAGCUCCUCUCAUCGACUGGCAACAGGGGCUAAUCACAUUCCCUGAACAAGUUCAAAUUGCCUCCGAGGAAGAAGCAGACCCAAACCCCUUAGCAGACCUCCCUCCUCAAUACCAUGAGUUUGCUAAGGUCUUUGGCGAAGAAGAGUUUAAGGCCCUCCCUCCACAUAGGGAGUAUGACAUCUCCAUAGACCUUAUCCCAGAUGCCAAACUCGCUGAAAAACACAUUGAUGAGGAAUUGGCAACGGGCAAGAUCCGCCCUAGCACUUCCUCCGCAGGCGCCCCGGUUAUGUUUGUCAAAAAGGCAGAUGGAUCCCUUAGAUUGGUGGUUGAUUACAGGAAGCUGAAUGAUGUCACCCAUAAAAACGUCUACCCACUCCCCAGACAGGACGACCUCAUGGCCAAGUUAAGGCAUGCCAAGAUAUUCACCAAGUUGGACUUACGCUGGGGCUACAACAACGUACGCAUCAAGGAAGGAGACGAAUGGAAAACGGCCUUUAGAACCAAAUACGGCCUCUUUGAAUACCUAGUCAUGCCCUUCGGCCUCACCAACGCCCCUGCAGCGUUCCAACACUUCAUGAACGACCUAUUCCGGGAUCUGAUUGACGUUACCGUGGUAAUAUACCUAGAUGAUAUCCUCAUUUUCUCAGAAGAUCCAGAGGACCACCCGGCUCAUGUCAGAGAAGUGUUGUCACGACUUAUGAAGAACCAGCUUUUCUGCAAGCUAUCAAAGUGUCACUUCCACGUCACGACGGUCGAUUACCUUGGGAUUGUUAUAUCCCCAUCAGGCUUUUCCAUGGACCAGAGGAAGGUAGAGGCAGUCACGUCAUGGCCUCAGCCCAGAACGGUCAAACAAGUCCAGGCAUUCUUAGGCUUUGUCAAUUAUCUCCAACGGUUUAUUCCCAACUUCAGCUCUGUCGCACGACCCUUGCACAACCUCACCAAAAAGGAAACCCCUUGGUCAUGGGGAGACCUAGAGGAAGCAGCCUUCCAAGAGUUAAAAACCCUAGUUACCCAGUCCCCGGUUCUGAUCCACUCCAACCCCAAGCUUCCCUAUUACCUGGAAACGGACGCGUUGGGAGUAGCUAUGGGUGCCAUCUUAAGCCAAAGAGGCCCAGAUAAUUGGUUACAUCCCAUUGCCUAUAUGUCCAAGUCAUUUUUGGGAGCGGAAGCUAAUUACGACACCCACGAUAAAGAGCUCCUGGCUAUCAUUAAGGCAUUGGAGGAAUGGAGGAUAUUCUUGGAGGCAACGGACAAACCGGUACAAGUGUUCACGGACCAUCGGAAUCUAGAAUACUGGAUGCAGGCACGAACAUUCAACAGAAGGCAUGCGCGAUGGCGUAUUUUCCUGAGCAACUUCAACUUUGAAAUCCACUAUCGCCCCGGGAAACAAUCAGGAAAGCCAGACGCGUUAUCCAGGAGAUCAGAUUACGUAGACGCUCCCCCAGACCCAGAAGUCAUGCUGCCAUCAGAGGUCUUUGCCAACACAUCAGAAGCGGAACUCAAGAUUUUCCUGACAGAAGACGCAGACAACGCACCCCCGUCAAUCAGGAAAGCAUAUAGGGAUUAUGAUUGGGAAGAGGACCUACUGUGGUACCGUGGAAAAUUAGUGGUCCCAGAUUUGGAAAUCUUGAAGGAACGCUUGCUUAGAGAAUUCCAUGACUCACCCCUGGCUGGGCACCCUGGACAACAACGUACCCUGGAACUAAGUCGUAACUACUGGUGGCCAGGUAUGAAGUCCUCUGCCAAAGAAUGGGUAGAAUGCUGUCCAACAUGUCAGGCUAAUCGUCGAGCCCACGCCCCGGUCAUUGCCCUUAAACCCUUGGACGUUCCCCCUUACCCGUUUCACACCAUCUCCUAUGAUUUCAUCACAGGGUUUCCCAAGUCAAACGGCCACGACGCAAUCCUGGUAGUCAUUGACUCCUUCUCAAAGUUUGGGCAUUUUAUCCCAACUACCAAGAAAGUCACAUCCAAAGGCCUAGCGGAUUUAUUCAUCUCACAGGUGGGAACUACGUUCACGGGAAAAUUCCUAAGGGCACUUUACCAACGCCUUGGGGUAAAACCGUCCUUCUCAUCAGCCUACCACCCAGAGUCAGACGGCCAGACAGAAAGGGUAAACCAGUUCAUUGAGUUCUACCUAAGGUCGUAUGUUGCAGCAGACCACUCGGACUGGGCCUCCUGGCUACCAUUAGCAGAGUACGCCUAUAACAAUGCAAAACACUCCGCCACCGGGAAAACCCCCUUUGAGUUAGUAUACGGUUGA